GCAUCAGCCUGUGGUUAUAUACACUCGUCAGCCUGAGGCUACAUACAGAAGUCACUUGCACAGGGUGUUAUUAACAUCAUCGUAUUGUCAUGAACAAUAAUAUUCUUUCCGACAAUAUUUUUUGUUCUGUACAUCGGUUGAGCAUGAAAUCUGUCGAAACUAAUGUAUAGUAUUAGUUGUAAAUACCCGAAGUAAAGAAAUAUCAAUUACCAAGUGUUUAGUAACACACACACACAUAAAUACAUAGAAAAGUGGAGAGAGAGAAAACUAAGAGAGGACGAACACAAAACCCGGAAAUAAGACGCGACAUUCAUUUCUCGAGAAUUCCUAUUCAGGACAUUACAUUAUUUGCCAAAAAUGAAUGUUUACGUGAAACUUCGGCCACAAAUUAUCCGGAAUCUCACUCAAAUCGAUGAUGUUCUGGAUUAUUUACAGUCUGGUGAACAUAUCACAGAGAGCAAUUAUGAAAGUAUAAGAUCAGAAAAGAAAGACAGCGACAAAAUUCGAGAAAUGUUGAACAUUUUAACAAAAAGAAGUUGUCCUCCUCAAACGUUCGUGAAGAUUCUUUCCGAAACAGGAAACGAAUCUUUAAAGAAACUAUUCCAAGAACACUUACCGAAAAUGGAAAGAGAAGUUGUUGAAGAAAAACCAAUGCCACAAGCAAGAGACAAACGGAGAGUAUUUAUUCUGGAAGGUAUGGACACAGACGAAAAAUUACUUGAAUGUUUUUCAAGAAAAAAUCCAGACUGGGAAGUAUCAAAUCAUUUAGGUUCUAUAAACAAAUUAAAGGAGGAAAUUGCUUCCUUACCAGAGAAUAAGUUCAGUUAUUUUGAUAUAAUUGUUGUAUGUGAUGAAGACUAUAAAUAUAUUACUAAUAAAAGUCUGAAAACAAUUUUGCCUCGUAUUGAAAAAGAACUCUUACCAAAGUUUCCACCGAGCAUCAGCACUUUUUUGAUUAUUGUUGAUGUGAAUGAUGAUAAUGGUUAUGUUUUUCAUUCCGACACAAAACCUGUGAGUUUUGGUGAUGCUCAGAUUCGCAAACCAGUCUUUAGAAUAUUGAAAACAAAGUUCUUGCAUGGAUUCCUAGAAGCUUUCUUUAAAAGUGAGGAAACGUUCAAUAUUUUCAUUGCUAAAAAAUUCGAUUUGGAAAACAAUUUUAUGAAAAAUAAUCCAUCGGAAGGAAAAACAGAUAAAAGGAAAAUAUUUAUUGUGGAAGGUAUGGAACAAAACGAAAAAUUGCACGAACAUUUUUCAAGAGAUAUUCCAGACUGGGAUGUGUCUUUUAUUUUUAGCCAUGAGUCGUUAAUGGAACAAAUUGCUUCCAUACCUCUGAAUGAAUUUAGUUUUUUUGAUAUUAUUGUUGUAUGUGAUGAAGACUCUAAUGAGAUUACUAAUGAAAGUCUGAGAACAAUGCUAUCCAAAUAUCCAACAAGCAUCAUCACAUUUUUGAUAACUGUUAAUGAGAUGGAUGAUAACAAAACUGAAUCUCAGCCUGAGAUUAACAAUGAUACUGAGGGUGUGAUUGCAUUAUUGAAAAGGGAGUUUUUCCCUGAAUUCUGGGAUUCUUUCAUUAAAAGUAAGGAAAUGUUCAAUGUUUUCAUUCGAAAAGCUGAUACAAGAAAACACCUAAGAAUACAAGUUCAUGGAAGAGAAAAACUUUUGUGAAUCUUGGAUUUUUAACUGAUAAAUUAACAUUUUAUUAUAUACUAAAAGCUAAUUAACACGGGCUAAAAUUAAGAAUGGCACAAAUUCCCUUUAAUAUUGCAGAAUCACAGACAAUAAUAAAUUGUUGUUUUAUGGCAUUUGGAAACUAAACAAAUAUAAGGUUUAUAUUAGAUUUAAUCCGACUAAAAUAUAUUUCAGUGGC